AGAGUCACAGAAAGAGAUAAGACCAUGAAGACGACUGCAGUGUCUCUAACCGUAUGGAUGGCUCAGGUUCUCAUGACCUGUUCCCUCAAUUCCACAACAAACACAGAUCCCAGCACAACAACAGCACUGCAGAUGACCACAGUAUGGAAAACAGUACCAACAGCAUCACUGUCUACAGACCAGACCCAAUCCAUUACAAUACCAUCAGGAACAGAAGUCCCUGGUUUUAAGACCCAAAACGAUUUUACAAACACAACAGACAAUGGCAGCACAAUCAACUCCAUUCAGCACAUCACAAGUCCCGAGGUGGUGACUGUCUCUUUAAAUUCCACAAGUUUGGCAACGAAGAAUGACAACCCAGAAACAGGAACUGUCACCAGAGUCACAUUGCAAGAGCACACAGUCACCACGGGGCUAUCAACAACCGUCCAGGCGGACCAUGCCGUCCAAACAACAUCCUUUCUGACUUGGACAGAAGGAAGAAGUGAAAAGUCAACAAGCAAUACAGAAGCAAGCUCCACCACAGCUUCCACGGUCACAUGGAAGGAUGAGAUCAACGAAUCAACAGAAUAUUAUGAGAUAACACCAACAACAGACCAUUCAAUCCAAGUUCAGACUUUGAAUCUUGAGUCCACUCAGAACACAGAAGAGCCUUUGGUCUCCACAACUGAUGUAAGCAUGACUCCAGAAGCUCAAACUGACCAAAAAACCACGGAGGAUCACAGCACAGCUCAAACAACCAACACAUACAACUCGAUAAACACCACCAGAAGUGAUGACACAACCAGGACGGAGGCUAUAACAGGUGAAGGUAUCACCGUAGCUACAAACAGCACCGAAACACAAAGUACAACCACAGCAGAGGCUACAACGGGUGAAGGUAUCACCACAGCUACAAACAGCACCGAAACACAAGGUACAACCACAGCAGAGGCUACAACGGGUGAGGAUCUCACUGUAACUUCAAUAAAUCUUAAUAAUGUUACAAACAUCACUGAAACACGAAGUGCUACAAGAACAGAGGCUUCAUACACCUGGACCACUCUUUUAUCCACCACCAACGCCUCAGAAAACGUCUCCAGAACAGAGACUAAAUGGACACUGUGGCCAAACUGCUAUGACAAUGAUAAAGACGUAUCAGUUACUUCUGGCCGUUCAUCUAAACUGGUCUGUUUUGUCACCCUCUGGAGUCUGGGGAUGACCGCUUCCAUCUUCCUGGGUCUCACCAUAUUCCUGUGGGUGCGGCUUUCCGUCAUAAAGAAGAGGGCAAGACUGAAGGGACGCCGGGAUAAAGGAGAACAGAAGGCGGCUAAGGAGCGAGAGAGCCUGUGGGCUGAGCAUUACACAUCUGCCGAGGACAGGGUGGAGUUCUGGUACGCCAAUGGCACCACCAUAGAGGCGAACAAGAAAGGAUCCAAAAGGCAAAAGAAGAGGCCGGCAAAGACAAAAGACGAGAGGAAGGAAGAGAAAGAGGAGGACUUGUGGAUCCAGCCCAAGGUGACACUGCAGGAUAUUACAGAUUUCUGGCGAGUAAGAAACGUGGAUGUGGACGCAUCGUGAAGUCACUGGACUCCAUUUUACUCCAGUUCUGUCAAUGACAGUUUGCCUCCAUUUACUGAGUGGCUUGAUAAGUACCAGGCUGGGAAGGUCAGGGUUAAAACAUGCUUCUGCCCCGACUAUAUACAAAGCUUGAAGUCCAAGAAUGCUGUGCUUGGUAGAGUAGACAUGAAUGCCAUCCAGGCCACCCUGAGAGAUGCCAUUUUAGACACCCAGCUUGGGCUUGGACUUGCUAUUACUGGAUGAUUGAGCACCUUAUUACCUGGUACCACAGGACCUCUUGAACAAUAUAAAGAUUAAAGACUCAUAAUAUCUAAUAUUGUUGCUCAUAAAGAGUAUUUUUCUAAUGCACAAUAAACGAAA